AUGAGGCCUGCCCUAUCAAGUCAAGUGAAGGAGCUCAAGAAGGACAACGAGCGCCUGAUCUUCAGCCUGGCAGACGUCCCGCCGCUAGAGUUCUGGAAGCGGGCCGUUGAGGUAUGGGACAUCGACGGCCUGACUGCUCAAGACUGCUGUGACGGUGCGAAGCGCUAUGUCCUGGUGGCUACGCAAUGGGAGUCGGUAUGGCGACCGAAGCUCGAAAACGACUAUGGACUUAGCCCUUAUAAGCUACACUACAUAGGCAGCAUGCUCAUCCACGGCGACCUCUCGGACCGCUGGCGGUUGGGCAUGCACAUUCUGCACUCGGCGUCGGAGCUGGGCUAUACGCCUUCGACACUCAAUCUCGCGCGUCUGAUGUCAACGGUGGCAGCCAAGAAUUCUAAAGCCGUCGCCAAUUCGCUACUGUUCCAGAAGGCGGACGCGCGGUUCAGGGAGAUCGUCCGCAAGGGCAAAGACCCAAAUGCCCUGACCCUGCAGGGCCUUAUCUACGCGGGCAGGGGACAAGAUGGUCCGGCGCUGACGGCCUUUGACAAUGCGCAGAGAGUCGGCGCCAGCAGCGGCUGGUCGAAGGCACAGCAGCUGGGGUCACCGGCGGCGCUGCAGGAGACGGCGACUGCAUCACGAGGCAAGAAGGACAGUGAGCCAAUGGCCACUACUGUAGUACGACCGAAGCGGUGGGACUGGGAGCCCAGCUGCGUGCUGGGCCGAGGACGGAUCCUCCUCAAGCAGGGCCGUGGCCAGGAUGCCGAAGCUGCGUUCCGACGAGCAGCCCUGGAGUUAGACAAUGCGGAAGGGUAUCUGGCCCUCGCGCAGCUGCUGCCGAAGGAUUCGCCGCAGCGGGAGGAAUUCUUGACAAAGGCAGCAAUAUCAGGUGUUACGGAAGCAUGUGCCCUGUUGGCUGAGGUCGAGCGAGCAAAGGCUGAGCAGCCAGAAUCGGACAAGGAGCAGGUCAGGAUGCAUGAUCGGCUCUCUCGAGAAUGGUCCAACCUCGCUGGGGGCACAACGCAGGCUGCUGCGUCGCUCUAA